GUGAGUUGCCUAAAGUCACACAGCAAGUUAGAGACUCAGUUCCAUCACUUACUAUAUCGGUCCUGUCUCACCAUCCUGCCCACUCUCGCUCUGCGGCCUCCCAGUCCAUCACGUGGCUAUGGACAGAAAAGUGGCAGUCCCCGAGGACGGGCCUCCCGUUGUCUCCUGGCUCCCUGAGGAGGGAGAGAAGUUGGACCAGGAAGGGGAGGACCAGGUGAAGGAUCGGGGCCAAUGGACCAACAAGAUGGAGUUUGUGCUGUCAGUGGCCGGGGAGAUCAUUGGGCUGGGCAAUGUCUGGAGGUUUCCCUAUCUCUGCUACAAAAAUGGAGGUGGGGCCUUCUUCAUCCCCUACUUCAUCUUCUUCUUCACCUGCGGCAUCCCGGUGUUCUUCCUGGAGGUGGCGUUGGGCCAGUACACCAGCCAGGGCAGCGUGACAGCCUGGAGGAAGAUCUGCCCCCUUCUUCAGGGCAUCGGUCUGGCGUCUGUGGUCAUUGAGUCCUAUCUGAACAUCUACUACAUCAUCAUCCUCGCCUGGGCUCUCUUCUACCUGUUCAGCUCCUUUACCUCUGAGCUGCCCUGGACGACCUGUACCAACACCUGGAACACAGAGCAUUGCAUGGACUUUCUUAACCACUCGGGAGCCCGCACAGCGACCUCCUCUGAGAACUUCACCUCACCUGUCAUGGAAUUCUGGGAGAGACGUGUUUUGGGCAUCACCUCAGGCAUCCAUGAUUUGGGGGCUCUGCGCUGGGAGCUAGCUCUGUGCCUUCUGCUGGCCUGGCUUAUCUGCUACUUCUGCAUCUGGAAGGGAGUCAAGACCACAGGCAAGGUGGUGUAUUUCACAGCCACGUUUCCCUACCUGAUGCUGGUCAUCCUGCUGAUCCGAGGCAUCACCCUUCCCGGAGCCUACCAGGGUGUCAUCUAUUACCUGAAGCCUGAUUUGCUUCGCCUCAAGGACCCCCAAGUAUGGAUGGACGCGGGCACCCAGAUCUUCUUCUCCUUCGCCAUCUGCCAGGGGUGCCUGACUGCCCUGGGCAGCUACAACAAGUAUCACAACAACUGCUACAGGGACAGCAUCGCCCUCUGCUUCCUGAACAGUGCCACCAGCUUCGCGGCUGGCUUCGUGGUCUUCUCCAUCCUGGGCUUCAUGGCCCAAGAGCAGGGGCUGCCCAUCUCUGAGGUGGCCGAGUCCGGUCCUGGUCUAGCCUUCAUCGCGUUCCCCAAGGCUGUGACAAUGAUGCCCUUAUCUCAGCUGUGGUCCUGCCUUUUCUUCAUCAUGCUCAUCUUCCUUGGGCUGGACAGCCAGUUUGUCUGUGUGGAGUGCCUGGUGACAGCCUCCAUGGACAUGUUCCCCAGUCAGCUCCGGAAGAGUGGGCGGCGGGAGCUCCUCAUCCUUGCCAUUGCUGUCUUCUGCUACCUGGCGGGGCUUUUUCUGGUCACGGAGGGCGGGAUGUAUAUCUUCCAGCUGUUUGAUUAUUAUGCCUCCAGUGGCAUAUGCCUGCUCUUCCUGGCGAUGUUCGAAGUGAUCUGCAUCAGCUGGGUGUACGGGGCUGAUCGUUUCUAUGACAACAUUGAAGACAUGAUUGGCUACCGGCCAUGGCCCUUGGUGAAGAUUUCCUGGCUCUUUCUGACCCCUGGACUCUGCCUGGCCACCUUCCUCUUCUCCUUGAGCCAGUACACACCUCUCAAAUACAACAACAUCUACGUGUACCCUCCCUGGGGCUACUCCAUCGGCUGGUUCUUGGCUCUCUCCUCCAUGAUCUGCGUCCCACUCUUUGUCAUCAUCACUCUUCUGAAGACCCGGGGUUCCUUCAAGAAGCGCCUACGACAGCUUACCACCCCUGACCCCAGCCUGCCACAGCCCAAGCAACACCUGUAUCUGGAUGGUGGUACCAGCCAGGACUGCGGGCCUUCCCCAACAAAGGAGGGACUAAUAGUUGGGGAGAAGGAGACCCACUUGUAGGAUGUGGCCAGCAGCCAGGUGGCUAUUGAGCCAAGAACCUCCUCUGUCAGGGCCACUGCAGUGACAGCCUUUACCUCUGCCCCUUACCCAGUCCAGCUAUGAACCUCUGCAAUGUCUGUGUGUGUCCUCAGCCAGAGGCCAGGCUGCUCUCUCCUCAGCAGGGCAGCUCUUCUGGUGGGCGAGAUGUGGUCCUGCUGCAAUACGCCAUCCUGUUGGAACACACCUUCUUAUUUAUAAAGAAGGGUGGUCUUUUUUGAGUCCACCAUCUGAUCUAACACAUUACACUGUGUGGGAGCUCCCACUGCAGGGACAUUCCAGCUUCCUAUACUUAUGUGUUGGGAGGGUAGCCCUGACGGGAGUACAUAUCACACAUUGACUCGGAGAUCCCGAUGGAACACAACAUGUUGGAAGUGACAACUGAACGCACCAUAUUGGAUUCUGACAUUCCCUUAGAGGGGUUCCUUCAUGAGGCUUAGUGUUCUGGAGUCCGUGGGGAAGGAACUAGAGAAACAAAAAGCCUUCAUGAGCCAUCAUUGUCUUGAGUUUUCCUGGAGGCUUCUUGAGGUGUCCCUAGUCCCACACGCCUCUUGCAAUGUUGUCCUCCACUCACGGAGCACUGGAUGGAAGGGACUCAGAGGUGAUCCCUAGGCUGUUCUUUGAACAGCUUUGAACAGCUUAGGGUGCCUGUACUAUGCCCAGGCAGACAUCACUAAUCGAUGACAGAGUCUCUCCGACCUCACAGGCCUUCCAAAUAUAGUGCUCUAGGCAGCUCCAUUGGCCACCCCACUUUGGUCCAACCUCUGGACUUUGUGGGUGAGGAGACUGAGGACUAAAGAGAGAGUGACUUUUUCAAGUUCACAUAGCUAUGCCUAAAACCUGGCCUCCUUGUUCUCAGGCCAUGGUUCUUUCCAUUAUGCCCUCCUGCCUUGGUUAACAAGCAAGUACAGAUU